AUGACCAUCCAUCUGCUAAAUCUUUUGUCACCUUCCCAGCCGAUUCUUUACACGUCAAUCUUUAGCUUCCUUGACCCUCCAGAUAUUGUCAGACUGUUGGCGACAUGCAAAUCCCUUCAGCUAUUCAAGUACGAGUUAUGGAAUAUAAACCGAAGCCUUCGACGAUUUGUAGACGACCCCUUAGCAUUUCGAACCUUAAUGGCUCGCCACAAUGCUCUUGUUUCGGGAAGCCAUGCCUUACAGUUCUUGGCGAGGGUCAAGUGGCCGGAUAGCGACCUCGAUGUCUACAUCACCGGCGAAGAGGGUUUGUUGGAAUUCGCCAAUCACCUCGUACAAAAGGAAGGAUACUCGUAUUCCCCUUAUUCUUGGCAGUCUAAAGAGACAAAGACAGCGAUUCUGUGCAGGAAUUCAGAGAGGGAGAAUUUUGUUAAAGAAAUAUUUGAGACCGAGGGUUCAGACUGGGACCCAACUGAUGAUGCGAGCUCUGAAGCAGCUUUGUAUACUACAACUGAAAUCGAUGGGGUUUUCAACUUCGUAAACGAUACCUAUCCAAACCGCAAGAUCCAGUUGAUAUCCGCAAAAGGAAUCCCGCUGAAUUCUAUCCUCGCAGACUACUACGCUACUCAUAUAUUCAACAUUUUUACUUGGAAUCGAGCAUAUAGCUUUUUCCCCUACCAUACGUUCGGCGAGAAACAUUCCUUCUACACGCAAGCGCUCAAAGGAAGCUCCGAUAAUGGCGUUCAAAAGUAUAAGGGACGCGGUUUUGAGUUCAAACCUUAUGGAAACUUCCAUAAAUGCGUGAAGAAUUGUCCCUUCCGACCUCAUAGACGAGUUGGAGAUAAGUAUUGCUGGGUAUUGGAUCUCGAUACCUAUGGUGUCGACCAAUCUGAAAUCUCUGUUCCACAGGAUGUUCUAGAGACCAGCACUUGGGGAAUGAAAAUGCAUUAUUCAUGGUGGUCCAAAGACGAAAACAAACGACUAUUUAGGGCUGUCCCGCAUAUAGACAUUCAAUACUCACUCUGGUACAGUGAGUGUGAUCCGACACACAAGUUCAGGAACCCCUCGACAUUUAAGCAUGCAAGAAUAAUGGACAACCACAGCGGGUCAUGGAUGAAAUUCAUUGAAACUAUGCAGAAUACGACUGGGGGGUUAAGCCAGUACUUAAUCAAGUUCUCCGAAUCAAAACCUAAGGACUGGAAGGAACCUGGAGAAUUCUGGAUGGAUGGCGAAUUUGCGAGCUGGUAUCGGUUCUGGGAGGCUUCGCUUAUGCCUUAUGACAAUAUAUGGAAGUGGCAGUACCCAAUGCUGGACGGGCAUUCAGAAAUAGUUGUGGGCGGUAUUCUCCAGGAGGAACAGAUGGACCUCGAAUGGUCGGGAUACUAG